CAUCGCUCUGGUGGUUUUCCAUUUUUACAUGUUCAUCUUGUUCACUUACCGUUAUAUUUGGAUAAUGAAGCAACGCAUCAAAAUAAUCGCCAACUAUGUUGCGUCCAACAUAGAUUGCGGUACUUUACAGCUGGAAAUCAACGAAAUCACCGGCGUAUAUAUACGCAUAUUGCGCGUAUGCCAGCAAUUCGGCCGCAUUUAUGGCAAGCAAAUGCUGCUCUGCAUCAGCGGCGUUGCGUCAGUCAAUGUGUUGACAUUAAUCACACUUCUCUUCGUCUGGCGUUCCACCGACGAUACGCUGAAUAUUAUAUAUUGUUGGUAUGUGAUCAUCAUAAAUACUCUCGACUUCUGGCUGAUCAUUGCUGUUUGUGAGUUAGCUCUGGGCACGGCGUUGCAGCUGGUGCAGUUGCAACGGUAUUUUAAUGAUUGUGCGCAUUUGGAUGCUGCUUUGGCAAGAGAUCUGGAGACUUUGGCUUUAGUGUGCGCAACGUGUUCACCGCAAUUUCGUUUAUGUGGCCUAUUGGAUCUGGACUAUUCAAAUGGUUUGAAAGUGUUGUUGACUGUUAUUUUAUUUGUGAUUUGUCUUGUUCAAAUUAAUUAUGAGGAUUUGUGAGUC